AUGCAGGCGACGGCCGCCGCCUUCCUCGCCCACCCGCUCCCGCAGCUCCGCCGCAUUGGCGGAUGGGGUGCGGAUGCGGCGGCGGUGCGUGGGGGCGUCAUCGCGCUCCCGCCACGGCUGCGGGGGUCGCGGUGCUCCAUCAGCCUCUCCAUCGGCGCCGGCGUUGGCGCCGGAGGUGACCGCGAGUUCAGCUACGAGCAUGUUCCGAUGUUCCCUAGAUACCGAAUACGAGAUCCCUACAAGCUUCUUGGUGUUGAUCGUGACGCAUCUGAAGAAGAGAUCCGGAGUGCGAGGAAUUUCCUCAUUCAACAGUAUGCUGGGCAUGAACCAAGUGAAGAAGCUAUUGAAGGUGCUUAUGAGAAGAUAAUUAUGAAGAGCUACCAGCAGCGGAAGAAGACAAAAUUUAACCUGAAAACCAAGUUAAAGAAGAGAGUAGAGGAAUACCCUUCAUGGGUCAAAGCACUUAUUGGUUACUUCGAGGUGCCAUCGAUGGAUAUUAUUUCCAGAAGAUUGUUUUUCUUUGCUUUCAUUGCUGGAUGGAGCAUAGCAACUUCUGCAGAGAAUGGACCUGCAUUUCAGCUCGCAAUAUCGCUAUUCUCAUGCAUAUAUUUCCUCAACGAAAAGAUGAAGAACCUCCUCAGGGCAUCAACCACUGGGUACUGA